CCACUAGUAACUUCUACUCAUGUUGGAAGUUUUCCUUGCCCAGGAAAUAGUGGUGAAGGGUAGGGAAAAGAGUAGUGGUAGAAAUAAUCCCACAUACCAAGCCUCAAGCUUCCUUGCAAUGAGGGCAUCACUCUCCUUUACCAAGGAGCCACACAGUCAGAGAGAAAUGGCAGGAAUGUGGAACAUUGGAGAGUGUCAUGUGGAUUAGCCUGGCUCCAUAGCUUGCAAUAUAUGAUUCCGGAAGAUAUGGGGUCAACCCAACAGCUUUGCUCCUGCAAAACUUUUGGGUAAGUUCACCAGCAGCAUGUUUUUAGAUCUUCCUGUAUCUGAAGUUAUGUUCUCUAACUUUUCAGGUGCUCUCGACUUUGAACACAUUGAAGAGCAAGCAGAAGGCAUCUUUGGAGGAAGUGAGGAGAACACCCCUCUGGACUUGGAUGAUCACGGCGGCAGAACCUUCCUCCGUGUCCUGCUCCACCUGACGAUGCAUGACUACCCACCCCUGGUGUCGGGGGCCCUGCAGCUCCUGUUUCGGCACUUCAGUCAGAGGCAGGAGGUCCUCCAGGCCUUCAAACAGGUUCAACUGCUGGUUACCAGCCAAGAUGUGGACAACUACAAACAGAUCAAACAAGACUUGGAUCAACUGAGGUCCAUCGUGGAAAAGUCAGAGCUUUGGGUGUACAAAGGGCAGGGCCCCGAUGAGACCAUGGAUGGUGCAUCUGGUGAAAACGAGCACAAGAAAACGGAGGAGGGGAAUAACAAGUCGCAAAAGCAUGAAAGCACCAGCAGCUACAACUACAGAGUGGUGAAAGAGAUUUUGAUUCGACUCAGCAAACUGUGUGUUCAGGAGAGUGCCUCGGUGCGGAAGAGCCGUAAGCAGCAGCAGCGCCUGCUCCGGAACAUGGGCGCGCACGCCGUGGUGCUGGAGCUGCUGCAGAUCCCCUAUGAGAAGGUGAGCGGGUCCUGCACACAGCUGCUGCUCCCGAGGAUGCCCCAGCUGCAUGCCAUGAGCCAGCUCUGCUCCUCUGUGAAGCUGGUGCCUGAUGCCCUGCCC